AAUGCAGAAAUUAGGGAGGGUGCUGGCUGUCGUCCGGCUUGGGUGCGGCUCUAAACUCUUCAAACUCAUUCUCUUUCAGACCUCCGCUGAUCCCCCACUUGCUCUCCUGUGCACAGUCCCAGCCUGAGUGCCCCUGUCUUCGCUCACCAUGGCUGAAAUGAGGAAGUCACCCCCCACAGAGAUGGAGCGGUCCAUGGAGAAGAUUAUUACGAUAUUUCAGCGGUACGCCGGCAAGCAAGGAAGCCAGGGUGCCAUGGACUACACCGAGUUUGAGAGCUUCAUGAAGACAGAGCUUCGCUCCUUCACAGAUAACCAGAAAGACCCCAACAUUGUGCAGAAAAUGAUGAACUCGGUGGACGGCGGUGUGGACGGAAAGCAAGACAAGCAGCUCGACUUCCAGGAGUUCCUCAAUCUCAUCGGUGGGAUGAUGGUGGCUUGUCAUGAUGCUUUAUCCAAGACUCCUGCUUUUAAAAAGCAACCAACCCCGCUCAUCCCUCCGACGGAAAUGGAAACUGCCAUGGAGAGCAUUAUCAGGGUAUUCCAACAUUAUGCGGGCAAGAAAGGCGACAAAAAUCAAAUGAACUACACAGAGUUUGAGGCCUUUAUGAAAACGGAGCUGAAAUCUUUCACUGACAACCAGAAGGACCCAAAUAUUGUGCGUAAGCUCAUGGAGUCCGUGGACGGAGGUGUGGAUGGUAAACAAGACAAAGAGCUGAACUUCCAGGAGUUCAUGAAUCUGAUUGGAGGGAUGAUGGUGGCCUGCCACGAGGCUCUCUUGAAGCAUCUCAAGAGGGUCUGAGGGCAACAGCCGUGCCGUCUUGCAUUUCAAAUUCCGACUGUCUAAAUCUGUCUGUUUUGUUCUAAUAAAAUGUUUCGGAGCCAAGGAUCUGGAGAAAGAAAGUGGGCUGAAUCGGAAAGUUACAUUGACUGUGUUUAAGCUGUGACGGCUGGCUUGGGACCAGUCACCGAGCGUUUACCGGCGUGCAACGGAGAACAAUAAAAAAUACUACUUUGUUACAAUA